GCAUGCGCCUUGGAGGAGGCAGCUCAGGAAGAGGAAAAUGGCAUAAACAACCCCUCCGCCGCCGCCUCCUCCGCCUCCUCAGGGACCACCGGGGCCUCUCCUCCUCCGCUGAGGCCCACUCGGCCUUCUCCCCCUCGGGGAAAACGCUAGCGAAGCCCCCCUUCCUUCCUUCCCUCCUUGUUGCCGGAACCGGGGCGGUGACAGCCCUCUCCCUCUCUCCUGAUGGCGGCGAGGCCUCCGGAGGCGUCGGCGCCUGGGCUGCGGAGGCGGCGGCUGUAGCGUCGGCGGAGGCGGCCGCCAUGAACAGCGGCGGAGGGCUCCCUUGCGCCUCUCCGCCCUCCUGCUCCUCGUCCUCCUCUCCGGGGCCUGGGCUCCCGCCGCCCUCCUCCUGCUCCUCCUCCUCCUGCUCGGUCCUCCCCGUGGGCCUCAAGCUCAAGUUCUGCCGCUACUACGCCAAGGACAAGACGUGCUUCUACGGCGAGGAGUGCCAGUUCCUCCACGAGGAGCCCUCGGGGGCCUCAGCCGCCUGCCCCGGGCCGCCCCUGCCGCCGCCGCUGCCGCCUCCUCCUCCGCCGGCGGUGGCUGCGGCCCUCGGGGGGCUCCCGCUAGGCAUCCCCCCGCCCAGCCCCGCCGCCCUGGCCCCGGCUGUGGCUGCCUCGCCCGGACACGGAGGAGGAGGAGGAGGAGGAGGGUACCCCGGGCAUGGAGGGCCGGCGGUGGCGGUGGUGGGGCCCAAGAAGCCCCCGGACUUAGGGGCCUCCGGAGGAGGAGGAGGAAGCGGAGGGGGCAUGGAUGGACCGCGGCUGGCCAUUCCAGGCAUAGAUGGAGGUGCCCUGGGCGAACCUAGUCUUACGGACUCCUAUUUCAGCACAAGCUUCAUUGGCGUUAAUGGGUUUGGAAGUCCUGCUGAAGCAAAGUAUCCUAUGAUGCAGAGGAUGACAAAUAGCAGCAGUUCCCCUAGCCUUCUCAAUGACAGUGCCAAGCCAUAUGCAGGCCUUGAUCCUCUUACUUCACCCGGUUCAUCCUUGUUUAAUGAUUUUGCUGCCCUCAGCUUAUCUCAAAGGAGAAAACCAAGAAAGUAUCGACUGGGGAUGCUGGAGGAGAGGAUAGUUCCGGUGGGAUCAAAGGCACGAAAAUCAAAGAACACUAUUGGCUGCUUGGCUGACAGGUGUAAAACAGGAGUACCCAUCAAUAUGGUUUGGUGGAACAGAGUCACAGAAAGCAAUUUACAGACGCCAAAUCCCACUGCAAAUGAAUUUAUUCCUAAAGGAGGAUCAACCUCCCGACUCAGUAAUAUGUCGCAGUCAAAUAUAUCUGCCUUCUCUCAAGCCUUGUUCUCUCAUCCUUCCAUGGGAGGCCCUGCAAAUGCUGGGCUAGCUCCAGGAAUGUCGCUGUCUGCAGGAUCUUCUCCCCUUCAUUCCCCUAAAAUUACUCCUCACACGUCUCCUGCUCCUAGACGAAGAAGUCAUACACCAAACCCAGCAAAUUAUAUGGUGCCUACUAGUGCCUCUACGCCGGUUACUAAUGCUGUCUCCCAGCCCCCUUCUACUGGCCAGGUGAUUCAGAAGGAAACGGUGGGUGGCACAACCUAUUUCUAUACUGACACAACUCCAGCACCUCUAACUGGAAUGGUAUUCCCAAAUUAUCACAUUUAUCCUCCAACUGCACCUCAUGUUGCUUAUAUGCAGCCAAAAGCUAAUGCACCUUCCUUCUUUAUGGCAGAUGAACUCAGACAGGAGCUGAUCAACAGACAUUUAAUUACAAUGGCUCAGAUAGAUCAAGCAGAUAUGCCUGCUGUUCCAACAGAAGUUGACAGCUACCACAGCCUUUUCCCUUUAGAACCACUGCCACCACCCAAUCGGAUACAGAAAACAAGCAACUUUGGGUACAUAACAUCAUGCUACAAAGCUGUAAAUAGCAAAGAUGAUCUGCCAUAUUGCCUUCGGAGGAUACAUGGUUUUCGUCUUGUUAACACAAAGUGCAUGGUGUUGGUUGAUAUGUGGAAAAAAAUCCAACAUUCGAAUAUUGUAACAUUGCGGGAAGUAUUCACCACUAAAGCAUUUGGAGAGCAUUCUCUUGUGUUUGCAUACGACUUCCAUGCUGGAGGAGAGACUAUGAUGAGCAGACACUUCAAUGAUCCUAGUGCUGAUGCCUAUUUCACGAAAAGGAAGUGGGGUCAACACGACGGACCUCUGCCACGACAACAUGCUGGCUUGUUGCCAGAGUCCCUGAUCUGGGCCUACAUUGUGCAGCUUAGCUCUGCAUUGCGGACCAUUCAUACAGCAGGAUUGGCCUGUCGGGUAAUGGACCCCACAAAGAUUCUGGUAACUGGCAAAACAAGGUUGCGAGUGAACUGCGUUGGAGUCUUUGAUGUGUUAACAUUUGAUAACAGCCAAAACAAUCCCCUGGCCCUAAUGGCACAGUAUCAGCAAGCAGACCUGAUCUCCCUAGGGAAGGUUGUGUUGGCUUUGGCUUGCAAUUCUUUGGCAGGAAUUCAGAGAGAAAAUCUGCAGAAAGCUAUGGAACUGGUGACAAUCAACUAUUCCUCUGAUUUGAAGAAUCUUAUUUUAUAUUUGCUGACUGACCAAAACAGGCUUCGAAGUGUAAAUGAUAUCAUGCCUAUGAUUGGUGCAAGAUUCUAUACUCAGUUGGAUGCUGCCCAAAUGAGGAAUGAUGUAAUAGAAGAAGAUCUUGCAAAGGAGGUUCAGAAUGGAAGAUUAUUUCGGCUUCUUGCAAAAUUGGGAACAAUCAAUGAAAGGCCAGAAUUUCAGAAGGACCCAACUUGGUCAGAAACUGGAGACCGAUAUCUCCUGAAGCUCUUUAGGGAUCAUCUUUUCCAUCAGGUGACAGAAGCAGGUACUCCCUGGAUAGACCUCAGUCACAUUAUCUCUUGUCUUAACAAGCUUGAUGCUGGUGUGCCAGAAAAAAUAAGCCUCAUUUCCAGAGAUGAGAAGAGUGUACUUGUGGUAACGUAUAGUGACCUAAAACGCUGCUUUGAAAAUACUUUUCAAGAACUGAUUGCAGCUGCAAACGGUCAGUUGUAGUACUUGUUGAAAGCAUGCAGGACAUUGCUGAGGAACGUAACCAAUGGCAAAUUGCACUACAGCUGAUUGUCGUCAUCUCAUUUCACACUUUGGGAAACAAAACAGCAGGAGAUGUGUUGCACUUCAGUCAGGUACACUGUUACUUGAAGGGAAGAAUGAUUUUGCUUACCCUUGAGCUCUGGCUGCCAUUGGAGGCUUUAUCUGUGAAGAAUUUGUUUUAAAAUAAGGAACACAUCAGGGGCAUGAUGUUCCUGCUUUUAUUUUUUUCCACUCGUAUAUGCACUAAUUUUAAUUUUUUAAAAGACUUUCUGAUCUCUGAAGUUUUGCCACAUCGGAUACUUACUAAGGGAAUCUCUUUGCAAGGACAUUUCUGGGAUAAACUUUUUUAUUUUCUUUUUCUUUGUUUUUGCCACUGCAGGAUUUAUCCAUUUUGAUAUUAUUUGCACCCCAGAAUAUUAUAAAGGACCAGGUGAAUAAUUUUAUAAAAAUUGUGUUCUGUAAAUUAAAAUGUAGCUUAUAACCUCUGUAAAACUGUGUCAUAUGCCACCCACUGUUAGGUUAACUAAUCAAACCAGAAGAUGCAUAUUUAAAAAUGAAAAAAAUAAUAAUAAUCAAGUAAGAGAUUGUAGAGACGUCACAUGUAAAAAUCCCCUUUUAUUUGGUUGAAGCACCAUCUCAGAGCUGUAAUUUCAGGAGCAUAUCCAAAUGCUCUAAACACAACCAGCGCCUUUUAAAUAAAAUACCUGUUUGUAUAUUUUCCUGCUAAUCAGAUGCAUUUACAUUUAUGCAAUUUUUAAUAGAAUUUUUAAAAUGAAAUUGUGUUACAGGCCUGAAGUUUCAGUAGUGUAUUCCAUUACGUUACUUAAGGUAUCCUUUUUGGUUUUGUAUAAAGUUCUGUUAUUUGAACCACAGCUUUAUUAUGGUACUUUACACUGGAUACAGAUACAAAGACACUGUUCAGAAGAUUAGCUAUACACAGCAGUUGUCUGACAUCAAGAGAUUUUGAAGUUUUAUAGCUUGAUUCUGGAGGAAUUGAUGGUCUGCUGUGCCUUUGCAGUCACUGCUUAGCCCAAAGUAAUAUUACUUUUCAUAAUACGCAACACAUGAAUAUUCAGUCUUCAAGUCUGGAUUUUAUUUUAUUUUUAUUGCUCGCAACUAGUUUUCUGAUACUUGGACCCAUUGUUGUCUGGAAGCUUGGGUAUUCAAGAUUAUUUGUAGUAAAACACCUCUACUUUGAUACUGAAGACUGCCAAAUAAGUAGGACUAUUUUAUUUUCUUUCUUAAAACAGUAGUGAAGACUGUAUACUUACAUCCUUUUCCAGCACUGAAUGUUUAAUAGCACUGGGUGCUUACUAUGAAGAUAAAAUAUGGAAAUUCUCUUCAGAAGGUGUCGGACUGACUUAAAGCACUUGCAACUGAUGUUACUGGCAUCAAUUUUAUUAAUUCUGAAUAUUUGUAAUUUCAGAUAAAUUUAUAACAAUUCUCUCCAGUUUUAUAAGCUUUAAUGGUGACACUCCAACUUUAGAUUUGCCUCAAGAAAAGCAGUGUUCUUUAUAAGCAAGGCUUUGAAAGACUAGGGACACCUGUGACAUCAGGAGACAAGGCAGAGUCUGCAGUUAGUAGCAUCAGUUGAUGAGCUUAGAGAAAUAAAAUCAAUUAUUGUUUGAUCUGGAAAAACAUUUUAAAUGGAGCAUAAUGUUCAAUAUUCAUAGGAUUACAGUUGCCAUAAUAUUGUUCUUUUUUUAAAUGUCAAGAGGAACAGACUUUGGGAUAUGAACAUGGCAAACCAGUCUUUUAUCGUUAGCUCAUGUAUUUGAGGAAGAGCAGCUGUCUUUUAUACGUUUUUGAAAAAAUCAUAUUGUAAUUCUUUUGUACAAAAAAGUAGUACUUGUAUUCUAGAAGAAAUAUUGAAUGCUUAAUUUAUAAGCGGGCUGAGGCUUUUUUUCUUUUCUUUUUUCCCAGUGUUAUUUUCUUUGAAAAUGAAAGGGGAUCAUCUCUUUAGUUGUGGGAAUUGGGAACUUUUGACAGAUUAUUUUGUGGACCAAUAUUAUGGGAAAAGCAAAGGCAGGGGUAACGCAGGGCUUCAGUCUCAUCCUCACUUAUUAUAUACCAGCAAGACUCACCUUUCAAAGACAAGUUGCAUUUUGCAAAACUUCUGUCAACACACAUGUCCAUUGCUUUAGCCCCAGUAAUCUCAGGACUUGGUUUAAAGUAUAUUUAAAAAAUUAAAAAGACCAGAGAUCUGAUAAGUUUCCAUAAGUAAAUGUCAUCCAGGAAAUAUUUGCUGUUGAAUAAUACAUAAAACAAUGUGGAAUUUUGUGCCCCCCCCCCCUUUGGUCCAUGUUUUGGAAGUUUCUCCUUUGGUGUUUUUUUUGGGGGGAGAACCCUUCAAUUCCAACAUAAUUCCAUUUAGAAGGUUGUCCAGUAAUAGCAUGUUCCAUUCAUAGGAAGUGUUGCGUAUGUAAUCCUUAAACUAAAGUGGCAAUAUAAAGAACCUUGCAAGAUAUUCUUUUUUCACAUGGGGAAACAAUUCUGACCUUCCUAUUGUUACAGCUGAAAGCACAGAAAGGACAACCUUUUGAAAUCAUGUGAUUUUAGUCCAUUUACGGUAAAUUUCUUACCUGUUCUAGUUUGCUUGUUUUGUUUUGUUUUUGUUUUGUUUUUGCUGCACUGUAAAUACUUUGAGAACUACUUUUUUUUGUUUUUUUAAUUUUGACCUUGUUCCAGUAAUAUUUUCUAUGUGAACAGCUUCCCCUAAAAAGCACCAGUAUGUUACGUUCUGAUGUCAUGAUCCCACGAUGUGUUACCUUUUAAUCCUAUUUUCCAUUCUUUUCAUGUGUACAGCAGUAUUUUUAAUAAAGAAUUCCAGAAAUAACAAAAACUUCUUUUGAAAA